AUGACAAAUUUUGAGAGGUUUCGCAGGUACUUAACUGAUGAUUCUUCGCGUUUUCUUUGUGGACACUGGCAAGAGACAGCAUUACAUGCUGUGCGUGAUUUCCCGAUGGCCGCUCAUGGGCGGCGAAAAGUUAUCCCGAACAACGCAGUGAAUAAUUUCUUUGCCAUGGACCUUACUGAUUCGGUGAAAGCAAAUCCUUUAAAUUUGCACGAUUUUCUAUUUGAUGAUGUGAAUUGGCCGACCUUCUCUGGUAUCAUCUGUUGGCGUUUGUGGAAAAACCGGAAUAGGUUGACUUUGGGUUCACACCAUGAUUCUUCCAUAUCGAUUCUGUUAAAGCUGAUCCGCCACUUGCGGCUGUGGGGGUAUGAAGGAUCUUGGGUGGCUGGUUUUAGCCGCUGUAUCGGGAUUUGCUGGGUGAUCCAAGCUGAAAUAUGGGCGGUUUACGAAGGUGUUUCACUCGCUUGGAACAAAGGCUUCCGAGGUAGAGUGCGAUAA